AUUUUUCUUCUAUCCCCUGUAGCUUUAGAAUUGCAGAAAAGUUGGUACCUGUUUGUCUUUUCUUUGACCAUGUUCGCGUGGGUCAAACAAAAACACCCUAAUGAUUGUUUGACAAAUAGUGCUUCCCACAAUGCAGUUGAUGGCUGCAUGGUGCAGUUGGUGAGAAGCAACUUGAAGGCGAUCUCAUCAAAAACUGUAUGACCUGAUCACAUGAUUUGUGUAAAGUUAAUGCAGUAGACAUUUAGUCGCAAGUCAGACAAUGUUUGAAAGACGUUGGUCAACUCUUGACAAAAGUGAUCCGCUGGAAAGCGCCCAAUAUCACAGCACUGGCAAACCAUGGUUGACCAACACGGCUGACCGUUAUCCCACCUUAAGAAGGUUCAUGUACAUUCUAGUAUUCUAAUUCUAUGGGGUCAUCAGACAGGCAGCUGAUGACACGUCACGUCGGUCAACCAAGUGAACCUGCCAAGGUGGGAGUAAAAGAGUGCUGAAGUAUGGCGGCGGAGCAGCAAAGAGGGAUCCGAGUCACUCAAGCAGAGCUUCUCUGUAAGGAUGUGUGUGGUUAUUAUGGCAACCCUGCAUGGCAGGGCUUUUGCUCCAAGUGCUGGCGAGAACGAACCCGCAAAGCAGAGGCGGACAGGCAGGAGACUGGGCCCCACAAUGAUGCAGGUUCUCCCCUCACCUUUUCUAAAUUCGAGGAGAAGAAGAAUAUGGAGAAGGGUCGCAAAGUGAAUACGAUGAGGAGGCUCUUCUGGGGUGGACCGUCCCCUCCUAAACGCACAGAGUCUUCAGAGGGCCAGGCGGCUACAUUAAAAGCCUAUCAGAGCAUUGAGCCAGGGGAUUUUACCAGCUUCCUGAAGCUGCUGAGGAACCCAUCCUCUCAACGUCUGCAGUCCCGUUGCACUGCUUUCCUAAACACCAUGGAGGCUUACCACGGCCUGCCAGUGCAGAAGCAAUCUGACCUUGUUCAAGACUUUUACCAAAACAUCGCUGUGCAUUUCAGUAGUCUUUCAGAGGUUCAGGUCUCUCAGAUGAUGGAGCACAUGGAGAAGCUGAUCAUGACGCGUCUGCACAAGUGGGUGUUCUGCCAUGACAGCUGUGACGAUGAAGUGAAAGACUUGGCACUCCAGAGGAGGAUACGGUCCUUAAACUGGGUCACCCCCCACAUGCUGAGGGUGCCUUUCCCUGACGAGAGGGCUGAGGUUGUCAGCGAUCCCUUUCUGCCUGCUAUAACAGCCAUAAUUGAGAUGGAUGCCAAGCGAGCGCCACAGGACAAGCUUACAUGCGUAUUACUAAAGGCCAACCCACCCCGGCUUCACUCCAACAUGCAGUAUGUGAUCCGCUUCGGCCUCCCUCACAGCCUGAUGGCAGGAGAGAGUGGCUACUACUUCACCAAUUUGUGUUGCGCAGUGGCCUUCAUUGAGAAGCUGGAUGGGCCAGCACUCAACCUAAGCCCAGAGGAGUUUGAGGGGUACAUGCAGGGUCGCCGUGCUCCCUCAAAGAGGGGCAGUGAGAGGCAAAAGAUGACCAGGGAGACGCAAGACCAACUAGAGGACCUGAAGGGUCGACAGGAGAAGGUGGACCAAGGAAUAAAUGCCCUCAAAGAGCAGCUACAGCAUUGGGUACAGUCGGUCAAGGCACAGAUAGAUGAGGUAAAAUCCCAGUCUGCUCUGGCACAAGAAGAAAUUAAAGCCCAGUCAGAGUUUUUGCAAAGCCAAUCUGUCUCUACUCUAACACAGGCAGAUGAUGUCAAAGACCAGUCGGUGCUGUUGCUAGAUGGUCAAGAGUCCAACAACAACACUUGUCUAACAGAGGCAGAGUGUUAGCCAUAUUAAGACUGGGGUACAGUGGGCAACCUUUUUACCCUGGUUCGUCAUGCUUGUGUGAGCUUUGUGGGGUAAAUAUUAUUGAGUUGCAGGUGAUCGGCUAAAAUAAGUAUUUAUGUGGGACUAUAGGAAGUAGCUUAAUUGAUAGCAGAGGAGGUACCAAAUAAGGGCAUACAUUUUUGGUUCGGUGGGAUCCUCAAAGAAAAACAGACCUCAACAUUCCUUGAUGCCAACUUUGCACACCAAAAGCACAACCUGAUGACAAAUGCUGAUCUUGAAACCAUUGUUAACACAAGCAAUUAUUUUUGCUAUUUGGUUUAACAGGUCACAAAGUGCUGUCAUCUGUUUACAUUCUUGACCUUGUUUAACGUUUCUACGGUUCUCUUAUUUGUUUGUACAGUACUCUCUUAUCUAUAAGAAAUGUGCUCUUAUAUGCUGUCAAAGAAAAGCUAUGUCUUGCACCCUGAAGUUUGUUAAAUAUCAGGACAGUAGGACAAUUAUUUUUGUAAUUUAGCACUUACUGGGGUAGUGAGCAGACUUACUAUUGAUUGCUGCUAUCAUAUUUCUUAGAUUACUCAAUUAAGAUAAACCCAAGUGCCUUUGCAAAAACUAGUAAUGAAGAUUGUGAAUAAAAUGUGAAACCUGUUAUUGUAGAACCCUGUAAAGUAGAGGUAGCUCAGUCAAAGUAGAAUACUUCAUUUGAAUGUUUGUGAUUAUGGAUUACGUCUUACUUUCCAAUAUUAGACUGUUGAAGGUACAGUUACAAUACCUGUUCUUGUUUAAAAUCUGAUUAUAUUCCGUGUAAUCAUUCUACUCAUUAAUAGCACUAACUUUUGUGAAGAACCUUGUUUACAUGUUUUAAAUAAAGUUUCUGAAGAUCAUGAAGAAAUAUUGUUAGUGAAUGUACAGCAGAACCUCUAAUUAAAGAAAAAAACAUAAGGAAA